UGCGCAGUGGUGGAGGCUCGGCUGCUCCGUUCCCGCCUGUUCUUGUGAUAGCCCAGUCUGGGUGAACCUCCGAGCUCAAUGGAGACGUUUGACCCUGCCGAGCUGCCUGAGCUGCUAAAAAUUUAUUACCGGAGGCUCUUUCCCUACGCUCAGUACUAUCGUUGGCUUAACUACGGAGGAGUGAUAAAGAAUUACUUUCGAAACCGUGAAUUUUCCUUCACAUUGAAAGAUGAUAUUUACAUUCGCUACCAAUCCUUCAGCAACCAGAAGAAUCUGGAAAAGGAGAUACAGAAAAUGAAUCCAUACAAGAUUGAUAUAGGUGCCGUAUAUUCCCACAAACCCAGUCAACACAAUACAGUGAAGCUGGGGGUUUUCCAGCCUCAGGAAAAAGAACUGGUGUUUGAUAUUGACAUGACAGACUAUGAUGAUGUGAGGAGAUGUUGCAGUUCUGCAGACAUUUGCUCUAAGUGCUGGACCCUCAUGACAAUGGCCAUAUACAUCAUCGACCGGACAUUGAAGGAGGACUUUGGAUUUAAGCAUUGUCUCUGGGUAUAUUCUGGAAGGAGAGGUGUUCAUUGUUGGGUCUGUGAUGAAAGAGCCAGAAAAUUGUCCUCUACUGUACGUUCUGGAAUAGUUGAGUAUUUGAGUCUUGUAAAGGGUGGUCAAGAUGUUAAAAAGAAAGUUCACCUAAGUGAAAAAAUUCACCCUUUUGUCAGAAGAUCUGUAAACAUAAUUAAAAAGUACUUUGAAAAAUAUGCUUUGGUUGAUCAAGAUAUUCUUGAAAAUAAAGAAAGCUGGGAUAAGGUUUUAGCUCUUGUUCCUGAAACAAUUCAUGAUGAACUUCAACAAAACUUCCAAAAGUCUCACAGUUCACAUCAGCGUUGGGAGCAUUUGAAGAAAGCAGCUAGCAAAUAUCAGAGUAAUGUGAAAAAUGAAAAAUGUGGACCCUGGCUAUGGGAGAUUAUGGUCCAGUACUGUUUUCCACGGCUGGAUAUCAAUGUUACCAAAGGAAUCAAUCAUUUACUGAAGAGCCCUUUUAGUGUUCAUCCUAAAACAGGUACUAUCUUAAAAAAAAGUAAGGAAAACGAAAAGAAAAAUGGGGCUGGAUGCAGUGACUCAUACCUCUCUAUCUGCCAUGAAUUGGAUGCUUGUUCCACUAAUGAAGAGGACAAUGAGGAGAAUGAAGCUGAAUCUGAUACCAACCAUAGAACCAGAGAUUAUAAGAAGACCAGUCUAGCACCUUAUGUGAAAGUCUUUGAACAGUUUCUAGAAAAUUUGGACAUAUCCCGAAAAGGAGAACUUCUCAAGAAGAGUGAUCUACAGAAAGAUUUCUGAAGAUAACAACUCCCUUCAAACUAAUCUGGAUAUCUUCUACCUUUAAUCAAGAAUCAAAUACUUCUAGAACCACUUAAUUAAUGCAGAACCAU